AAAAAAUUUUGACAUAAACACAAAUAUAGUAUUAUUUGAAACAAAAAACAUGACCCCACUAUUCUUUAAACACGGUUCGAGAUUUUUCUUGUUAUAUUCAAACACUUUCUCGUAUCCCAUGUCCAUUUUCAGUGGGUGUAUGUGCAAAGCUUCAAACUUUACCAAAUCUCACAACACCCCAUUUUCUCUCUUUCUAAUGGGUCAAUUUUAAAUUACAAAAAAAAAAAAAAAAAAAAAGCUUCAUUUUUUCUUCUAUUUCCUCACCUUUACCAAAUAUUUCAAACCAUGAAGAACAAUUUCAAAGACCCAAAUCACAACAAUCUCUACUCUUCAAUCAAUUUUUCAAAGCUUAUAGGUUUUAUAUUCCUCUUAAUCACAAUCUCAUACCUUUUUUAUUCACUUAGGUUCCUCACUCAUUCCUAUGAUUGCAAUAAUCAAAAUCAAAACCAAAACCCAAUCAUUCAUAGCUACAAAACAAAUUUCCAACCCUUUGAAAAAGAACCACCAACAAAUAUUUCUCACAUAGUAUUUGGCAUAGGUGCAUCAGCAAAACUAUGGAAAAAAAGAAAAGAGUACAUAAAACUUUGGUGGAAACCAAAUCAAAUGCGUGGCAUUGUUUGGUUAGAACAACCCGUAAAAAACGACCCAAAUGACGAAAAUCUCCUACCCCUUUUAAGAAUCUCACAAGACACAACAAAUUUCAAGUACAAAAACUCAAAGGGUCAUAGAUCAGCUAUAAGGAUCUCAAGGGUAAUUUCGGAAACAGUUAGGCUAAAAAUGGAAGGUGUGAGAUGGUUUGUUAUGGGUGAUGAUGACACAUUUUUUAUAGGUGAGAAUUUAGUUAAUGUUUUGAAGAAAUAUGAUCAUAAUGAAUUUUAUUAUAUAGGUAGUAAUUCGGAGAGUCAUUUGCAAAAUAUUUAUUUUUCUUAUAAUAUGGGGUAUGGUGGUGGUGGAUUUGCUAUAAGUUAUGGUUUGGGUGUUGCAUUGGAGAAAAUGCAAGAUAGGUGUAUUCAAAGGUAUCCUGGAUUGUAUGGUUCUGAUGAUAGGAUUCAAGCUUGUAUGGCUGAGCUUGGUGUUCCACUUACCAAAGAAAAAGGCUUUCAUCAGUUUGAUGUGUAUGGGAAUCUCUUUGGGCUUCUGGCAGCCCAUCCAAUUACACCAUUGGUAUCUCUCCAUCACUUGGAUGUGGUGGAGCCCAUAUUUCCGAAUGUUACUCGGGUCCAAGCCUUAAAGCGGCUUACGAUGCCGAUGAAUUUGGACCCGGCCGGACUCAUCCAACAAUCCAUUUGCUAUGACAAAACACGAACUUGGACCAUAUCUGUGUCUUGGGGUUAUGCGGUUCAAAUAUAUCGAGGCAUUUUCUCCGCCCGAGAGAUGGAAAUGCCAUCAAGGACCUUCCUAAAUUGGUACAAGCGAGCAGAUUACACCGCCUAUCCAUUCAACACACGCCCUGUUAGCCGAAAUGUUUGUCAGAAACCAUUUGUUUAUUACUUGUCUAAAGCAAUAUAUGACGAAGAUACAAAUGAGACUGAAAGUCGAUAUGUUCGGGUUCAACCAAAUCCAGAUUGCAAGUGGAAAAUGGAGGAUCCAACCCAAAUCAAAGUGGUAGUGGUUUAUAAGAAACCCAACCCACAUUUGUGGGACAAGUCUCCAAGAAGAAAUUGUUGUAGGGUUCAACAUACAAAGAGGAAAGGAACUAUGGUCAUUGAUGUGGGGGAAUGCAAGGAAGAUGAAGUUGUUGAAUUGUAGUUAGAGCUCCAACAUGCAUGUUAGCAAUUCUUGACUCAAUAUUUGGUACAUAUAUAUGUAUAAUUAUUUAUUGGUGAGUUUCUUGGCGGGAAAUGCAGAAAAGGAUGAGUCCUAAAUAUUGAAAUUAUUUUAUUUACUUUCUCAUUGUUUUGAACAUAAGUUUAGAAAGAACCUCAGGGGGUGUUUAUAGCAACCUAAGGUUCACAAUUUUUAGGAGGAUUUUAAACUUAUAAUAAUGCAUA